CUCCACAAGCACAUCUUCCAAACUCAUAAUCAUGUUUGUCUUUCAUACCCGGAAAGGCUCUGCCAUCCCUUUAGCCACCCUGGGGAGCCUCUCUGACGCACUGUCUUCUCUCCUCACGCAGGAAGCCUACGUGAUGGCCAGUGUGGACAGUCCUCACACGUGCCACCUGCUGGGCAUCUGCCUGGCCUCCCCGGUGCAGCUCAUCACACAGUUCAUGCCCUUCGGCUGCCUCCUGGACCAUGUCCGUAAGCCCAAGGACAGCAUCGGCCCCCAGCACCUGCUCACCUGGUGCGUGCAGAUCGCGAAGGGCAUGAACUACCUGGAAGACCAGCACUUGGUGCACCGAGACCUGGCGGCCAGGAACGUCCUGGUGAAGACAGCGCAGCACGGCAAGAUCACAGACUUUGGGCCAGACUGCUUGGUGCUGAGGAGUACCUCGCAGAAGGAGGCAAAGGAAAGCCCUUCUACUGCGGUGGACGCCCACAGGGACAAUGCGUCACCGUAUGAAGGCACCCAAUAGUAUUGUGAUCAUGUUCGGCCCGGCCAAGCUCCAAACAGGCUGGAGGAAGGAGAAGAGGCAACUGUUCCUGUACAGGGAUGAACUAUUGAUCUCGAACACCAAGUACGCACAUACUAUGCUCUCCCGAUAAUCAUAAAGUUGUAUUUAUGCUGUUCAACUUAAUAAUCUGAGUUUACCACCUAGUUUUUCCAAUUAGCCAUAAGAAGGGUGGGUGAGGGGAACUAAACUUCCAUUCUUCCUCAGCUCACCUGCAGUUCAGCUGGAAACUAGGUCAUCUUGGGAUUUCUACUUCAGAAACCAGCACAAAUGGAAUAGCUGA